GCCUCAUUCCUCAUUUAAAUUCGUUUCGUUGAUGUUCAUACAUUCAAUAUUCUCGGGUUAAAUCGCUGUGAUAAAUUGCCGGAAAGCCUUAAAAAUAUAUAUUUUUUCUUGACUUUGAGAGUGGAUCGGUAGUGAAGAAAUAAUUAAUAUUUUUCAGUUUAGGCUGCAGUGCUUGCUUUGAAAAUUCCGUCAGAUUUGUUUACGAUUUCGGUUGUUAAUAUCAGUCAGUCGGUUCCGGUUACCCCAUUCGGUUAUUCCCUGGGUUUUCCAUUCACGUCGUUAACCAACUCUUUCGUUAAUUUUUCUAAAAAUUCAUUCUUUACAGAACCGUGCUCAAUCUACAAACCAUGCAGCAGCUAAACUGGAACCCGAACCAAGGAGCUGGUCCUUACCACCCUGCCGGUCAUCCGACUCAUCACCAUCCGAGUCACCAUCAGCACCAUAAUCCGCAGCAUAAUCGCCACACCAGGGACCCGGUGGCUGCUUGGGCCACAAGGAAUAGGGCACCUGUCGGCCAGCCGAAGGUUCAGCGCUCGCAAGAGCCUGAUCCUGCAGAGAUACAGAGUCUCAUCGAUGUCGCCGCCGAAGCUUUGGAGGAAGAGCUUAAGCAGAUAUUGUCCAAUGAUCAUUUGGAGCUUCCCGAUUGCGUAAGGGAGUUGGAGUUCAUAGGACCUCCGAUGGAGCCGACACCCGAGGAGCGUGCCGAGCAGGAGAUGCGGGCGAAGAUCCGUCGCGAUAGGCUCGAACGGGAGCGCCUGGCCAAGGAGAGGCAGCAACACCGGCAGCAGAACCAGCAGCACAGUCACAACCACUCCCAGGACUACUCCCACAGGCGGCCGUAUCAACCACGGGUCCGACCUCAAGUGUCCUUCUACCCGUCGCCUGGCCUGAUGUCAACUACCUACUAUCGCUAUCCCUCGGCCGCCCAGGUCUUCACUGUGCCGGUCCAGGUGCAGAACCAACCAAGUCGCGCCAUCAAACGUCGCCAGGAGGCUCCAACCCAAGUCACCCAUCCCCAUCACUAUCCGCAUCACCAUCAGGCGUAUUACAAUCUGUAUGACCAGCAGGAGUGUGCCAGGAUGCAGGCCGAUCUCGAGCAGGUGCAGCCGGGUCAGCUGGUAGCCUACCAGGAGGGUCCUGGUAGUGAGGUGCACUACACCCGGGUCGUGCCAAGGACUUGGCCCUUCUUCCGUUUGCCAAAGUCCACCGUGGAGUGGAAGCCGCUGCGGGAAACCAAACAGAUCUGGUCACCCACAGGACCCAAUCGCCGUGGCAAUGAUCCCAGUAACUCGAUACCACCACCACCACCUGGCUUCGAGAAUGUGGAGGCUCAGGGCGAACGCGACGAGAGAGGCCGUCCUAUACCGGAAACUCAGGCCACCACGGGCAAGAAAUCCAUUUCCACCAGAGCCCGGAAGCUUUUGGGCGAAGAUGUGACCGUAGUUCCGCACACGGACUAUCUUGCUCCGGAACCCAUAGCUGCCCCGGAGAGGGGCCUGAAGGAAGCGAUGCACUUUGUGGCCUUAUCUGACACUUCAAUGACCGACCGCAUGGCCCAACUGACCGUGACCAAUGGAGCUACUGGCGACGGAUACUAUGUCAUUCCGGCCAAUCCCUCGCACCAGACCAAGAAGGCCUUGGCGGCCAUCAAGCGCCACCAGUUGAACCAGACACGGUAUGCCCCAAACACCACUUAUUGGCAUCUCCUCCGCCAGCAGGAGCACAUCCGUGCCGCAGAUCAGCCGGUUAUCUCGGACUCGGAAACCGAUUCAGGAUCGGAUAUGGGAUCGGGAACCGGAUCAGGAAGCGCUAGAUCCGCCACAGGAUCAGUUAUUGAAUCACCCAGAGAAUCAGCCAGAGAGUCAGCCGUAGAGUCGGCUUUAGAAUCUGCAAGAGAAUCUGCUGGCUCGGGCAUGGAUUCAAUCGUGAUUCAAUCAACUCGACUUGCCAUAGAUUCAGCUUCAGGUUCCGGUUUGGAAUUCUUCAUCGAAUCGGCCAGAGGAUCUGGCAUGGAAUCGGUUCUUCAAUCUGCUCGGGAAUUUGCUCGUGUAUCUGUUCCACUAUAUGCUAGGGAGGCUACUCCAUUAUCUGCCUCAGUAUCGGCUCGAGAAUCUUCUCGAAUUUUUGCUCCAGUUCGCGGAGCUGGUUCUGUUAUCCAAUCUGCUUGGCCAUCUGCUCAAGGAUCUGCAGGAUUGCUAUCCAUACAAGGAAAUGAGGCAGCCAGUGCAUCGGCUAAGGAGAGUACAUCCUCACCAGGAUCUACAUCAGGAUCAGGAUCAGGAUCAGGAUCCGGAUCAGAUUCAAAAGGCGAGACAGGCCGAGCCAAAGACAAGGCUACAUCCGGAGGCAAGACCAAGACCAAACCCAAGUCGAAGUCCAAGGGCAAAAAUAAAGCCAAGACCAGCGAGAAGGAUACGACCACCAACGCGGACAGCGCACAAGGAUCCCAAAUUGUCGGUUCCAUCGUUGAGGAGGCCCUCGAUAUUGCCGGGAAGCAGAUUUUGCCAGAUCAUCCUCCGGAGAAAGAUGAUCGCAGCGUGAACGAAGCUGACUUUGAACCCUUCUGAGUCCAAUCCCAUUUCAUAGAUCCUCCCUUUUCUGUAUGUUUAUACGACAAUUAUGGGAUAUUGUUACAAUCUUUACAAACAUCUGUUUCAAGAAGGGCUCAAAGGGCUCUUACAAUAAAAACGACAA